UUUUAGGGACCUGGCCUAGUGGCCUGCCUCGUUAGGGCUUCGCGAGCAAACGACUGAUCCUUGGAGUUGGAAGUGAGACGGCACUCCUUCAACUCCACCGCCAUCGACGCCACGUUUCGCCGGAAACUCUGCUUUCUCUCACUCAAAUUCUUCAGCAACGGAUCAUUAUCUCUCGCCGCCAUCUGUACUGCUGGGCUCUCAGUUACCCAAACACCGGAGGCCGUUGAUUUUCUGAGGACCGACGGUGUGCUGAUGCUGCGUGAAUGCACUGUACCAAAUCCCCCUCCCCAAAUCUAGUCGCCUGAGAGAGAGAGAGAGAGACCCAAGUGGGUGUAAAGCCACGCUUUUGUUGCUUGAGCGACGCUACUUUCGUGUUGGUCCAACUCGACAUGUCGGUCUAUAGCUAAAGCCCAACCGCCCUCCAACCCAAUAAAGCCCCUCACCUCUCUCUCUCUCUCUCUCUCUCUCUCUCUCUCUCUCUCUCUCAGCAAGGGGAGCAGGGACAUGGAAGACAAGGCUAAGCUACUGAUCCUAUACGCCUCACAAACAGGCAAUGCAAUGGACGCAGCCGAGCGUCUAGGUCGCGAAGCGGAGCGCAGAGGCUGCCCCGUCGCCGUCCUUUCCACCGACGAGUUUGACGCCAGUUCCUUGCGAGAUGAGAAGAUUGUAGUUUUUGUUGUUUCCACCACUGGGCAGGGAGAUCCACCAGAUUCCUUGAAGGUGUUUUGGAGGAAACUCUUGCAAAGAAAUCUGGCUAAAGAUUGGCUAGAAGGAGUAAACUAUGCUGUGUUUGGAUUGGGUGAUUCAGGUUACCAGAAAUACAAUUUUGUUGCAAAGAAGCUGGAUAAAAGACUUUCAAUUCUCGGAGCAACAGCAAUAAUUGAAAGAGGUCUGGGAGACGAUCAGCAUCCUUCAGGGUAUGAAGGUGCUCUGGAUCCUUGGAUGUCCUUUUUCUUGAAUACUCUUUAUGAAAAGAAUCCAAAGCUCUUCCCAAAAGGUCCAGAUUUUGUGAUUCCAGAUAUGGAUUUUAUGGAUCGACCCAAGAUUGAAAUCGUGCAUCAUGAUGCUGACAAAGUUGUUUCACACUACUCAAAUGAUGCAGAUUUGAGGUUUAUUGAGAUGCAAAUUGAGAGGGCUCGCUCAAUGUCCCCCGGAAAACUUUCUCAUGACAAGAAGAGGCCUGACUGCUUUCUAAAAAUGACAAAAAAUCAUGCAUUAACUAUAGCAAGCUGUGGAAAAGAUGUUCGCCACUUCGAAUUCGAGCCUUGUUCAUCUAUUAUUGAAUAUGAGGUUGGUGAUGUUCUUGAGAUACUCCCUGGUCAAGAUCCUGCUGCAAUUGAUGCUUUCAUACAGCGCUGUAAUUUGAAUGCAGAUGCAUAUAUUACAGUCCAUCCCAGGGGUACAGAGAAUCAACGUCGUGAUUCAAAGAUCUCCAUGAAAUUAAGGACUUUUGUGGAGCUUACAAUGGACGUUGCAUCAGCCUCCCCCCGUCGCUACUUCUUUGAGGUAAUGAGUUACUUUGCCAGUGCUGAACAUGAGAAGGAAAGGCUUCAAUAUUUUGCCUCGCCUGAAGGAAGAGAUGAUUUAUACCAAUAUAACCAGAAGGAAAGAAGAACUGUUUUGGAGGUAUUAGAGGAUUUCCCUUCUGUGCAAAUGCCAUUUGAAUGGCUCGUGCAGCUAGUUCCUCCAUUAAAAACGAGGGCAUUUUCUAUUUCAUCUUCUCAUUCAGUUCAUCCCAAUCAAGUACACUUGACGAUUAAUGUGGUAUCGUGGACAACACCUUUCAAGCGGAAGCGAACUGGUCUUUGCUCAGCAUGGCUAGCCGGACUUGAUCCUGAAAAUAGUUCUGGAGUCAAUAUACCAGCAUGGUUUCACAAAGGUUCCCUUCCUCCUCCACCACCAUCACUUCCCCUCAUUCUCCUUGGACCCGGAACUGGUUGUGCGCCUUUCCGAGGAUUUGUCGAGGAAAGAGCCUUACAGAGUAAAUCUGGACCCAUCGCUCCCAUUCUUUUCUUCUUUGGUUGCCGAAACAAGGAUAACGACUUUUUAUACAAAGAUUUUUGGUUGUCCCAUUCACAAAAUGGUGGGGUCCUCUCAGAAGAUAGAGGUGGAGGCUUCUAUGUUGCCUUCUCCAGAGACCAGCCAAACAAGGUUUAUGUGCAACACAAGAUGCGGGAACAAAGCAACAGGGUGUGGAAUCUGCUGUGCGAGGGUGCAGCCAUCUAUGUUGCAGGUUCAUCAACCAAAAUGCCGGCGGAUGUUAUGUCAGCAUUUGAGGAAAUCAUAUCAAAUGAGAGUGGGGUUUCCAGCGAAGCUGCCAUCGGGUGGAUUAGGGAACUGGAAAAGGCACGUAAGUAUUAUGUGGAAGCUUGGUCGUGAGAUGUCUGCUCCCUUUUUCAUUCUAGUGGCAAUUCUGGUAGUUGGAAAGUCAGAAACUAGCCUUGUUCUGUUGAUCUUAAAAGGAUCUUGGCUUUAUCGGGGAGCAAAUGAAUACAAAAGUGUUAUUUCUAUUCACAUCAAGACCUGAGUACCUGAUACCGAUUCUGGAGAAAAGUUUUGACCUGACGUAAGAAGUUUUUGACGGCAUUGGUGAAUGAAUAGGUAGUUUUUUUUUUUCCCUCGAUCCUCGAAUGAAUAGGUAGGUAGUUAGAUAAUUGUUGCAAGUGAUCUGAAGUUGGAUGUAAUAACCGUGUAUGCCUUUUGGGACUGGGUUUUGGUUGCUACUCUUUGAACUUGGAUUCGAACACACCAUAAGAAAAUCUGGAAAUAAUUCAAUUUAUACUUCAACCUUUCUA